AUGGCAAGAGAAGUCGUUGUGAACAUGAACGAUAACAUGAACGACUUAAUUCCAUGUUGGCCAAUCCAAUGGCCAUGGUGCCCGUCACCGCCCCAACCACCAACCCCAUCCCCUCCGCCCUCACCAACAAGUUGCUCGGCUAGUGACCAAGAAAAGAUAAAGACGUGCAUGUUUAACACAACUUCAAUUGAUGAAUGUUGUCCCAUAUUCAAGAGUACACUAGGGACUAGUUGCCCUUGCUAUAAUUAUGCUGACGGUUUGGAUAAUCAAGUCUUGAUCACUCUUGAUGCAUAUUGUGACAUCGAUAGCCCUUGCAAGAGUGCUCCCGCCUUAAAAUCGAGCUGCCCUGUUAGUGACCAAGAAAAGUUGAAGAAGUGCUUUUUCGAAACAACUUUACUUGACGAUAGUUGUCCGAUAUUCAUGAGCAUAGUCAAUACUAAUUGCGCUUGCUAUAAGUAUGCUGAGGAUUUGGACGAUCAGAUCUUUCUUACUCUUAAUGCUUAUUGCGGUAUCUAUAAUGAUUGUGACGACAUGCAAGUGAUUAAGCUAUCCAAGGAGGAGUAA